CGUCACCCUGUCAGAGUACACUGUGGCAGUGAUGCAGAAGCAGAACCAGGGGAAGCUGCAGCGCACCCACACCCACCGAGGAGAUACAGAAGUACCCUUCCUCUUCCUCUCCUUCUCCUCCCCCGCCUCCCCUCUCUCCCUCUCCGUCUCUCUGCGCUCAGUUUUCACAGAACUGCACACAGACAGACAGGCAGGCAGACAGCUAGGCAGGCGCUGUGUGUGUGUGUGUGUCGCCUCUCCACCGACUUCAAGAAGCUCACGCACCCAGCCUCCUAUACCCAGCGCCGGGAUGCUGCUGGAGCUCGGCUCGAGAUGGCUGAGGCUGAUGUUCGUGUCGGUGGUGUGUCUGUGCCUCUGCCUGCCGGGGGAAUCGUACACCAAGAAAGCCCCGAAGGUGCCUCGCUGCCCUGCGACCUGCUCCUGCACCAAAGACAGCGCCUUCUGCGUGGACACCAAGGCCAUUCCCAAGAGCUUCCCCCCUGGAAUCAUCUCUCUGACGAUGGUGAACGCGGCCUUCACGACGAUCCCAGAGGGAGCUUUCUCGCACCUUCAUCUGCUGCAGUUCCUGCUCUUGAACUCCAACACCUUCACCAUGAUUGCCGACGAUGCUUUUGCUGGUCUGUCCCACCUGCAGUAUUUAUUCAUUGAGAAUAAUGAUAUCCAGGACCUGUCCAAGUAUACCUUCAGAGGACUCAAGUCUCUCACUCAUCUAUCCCUCUCAAACAACAACCUGCAGCAGCUGCCCAGAGAUCUCUUCAAACAUCUAGACAUCCUCACAGAUUUAGACCUGCGUGGGAACUCGUUCCGCUGCGACUGUAAGAUCAAGUGGCUGGUCGACUGGAUGGAGAAGACCAACACUUCAGUUCCGGCCAUCUACUGCGCCAGCCCCUUUGAGUUUCAGGGUCGCAGAAUCCGAGAUCUCACUCCACGAGAUUUCAACUGCAUUACAGCAGACUUCGCUGUGUAUGAAACCUUCCCUUUCCACUCAGUGUCAGCGGAGUCCUAUGAGUUCAGUGGAGAUCAGUUUGUGGCCUUUGCUCAGCCCGAUUCUGGAUUCUGUACCCUGUACAUAUGGGAUCAUGUGGAGAUGAUCUUCAGAAGAUUUCACAACAUCACUUCUCGCUCGGCUGUGUACUGCAAACCUGUUGUGAUAAACAACACUCUUUACAUGGUUGUGGCUCAACUUUUUGGUGGAUCCCACAUAUACAAGUGGGAGGAGGGACCGCAGCGCUUUAUAAAGAUCCAAGACAUCGACACCAACCGGGUGAGGAAACCAAACUUUGUGGACACCUUCCUGCUGGACGAUGAGUGGUAUUUUGUUGUGGCGGACAGCUCCAAGGCAGGCUCCACCAGUAUCUAUCGCUGGAACAGCAAUGGGUUCUACUCCCAUCAGUCCCUCCAUCCUUGGCACCGGGACACUCACGUGGAGUUCAUAGACGUUGGCGGGAAGCCUCACCUUAUCCUGUCCAGCGCCUCCCAGCCUCCCGUGGUCUACCAGUGGAACCGGAACCAGAAGCAGUUCGCUUUCCAUUCCAUAAUCACGGAGCUUGCAGAUGUGCAGAUGGUCAAGCACUUCUGGGUGAGGAAGGUCCUCUACCUCUGCCUCACGCGCUUCAUUGGCGACUCCAAGAUCCUGCGCUGGGAGGGGCAGCGCUUUGUGGAGAUCCAGACUCUGCCCUCUCGGGGGUCGAUGGCGGUGUAUCCCUUCACGGUGGGGCCUCGCCAGUACCUCAUCCUGGGCAGUGACUUCUCCUUCUCCAGAGUGUACCUGUGGGACGACCUCACCCAGCGCUUCCAGCCCUUCCAGGAGCUCAACAUGAGGGCUCCGAGGGGGUUCAGCCUGGUGUCCGUCGACAAAAAGGACAUUCUACUGGCUGCCAGCUUCAAAGGCAACACCCUGGCCUACCAGCACCUGGUGGUGGAUCUCAGUGCCAAAUGAGCAACAGGAGGUGUUCACCUACCUUCAGUUUAAAAUGUGCCAAUAAGACUGCAAAAAUGUCGAAGCCAUGUAACUGAAAGUGCUGUUUCCUCUGUGGUUUUGAGUAAGUCAACUAAUUACAUGAUUGUUUAUGAUCUUUUGCACUAUUGUUUAAAAUCUAAUUGAGAUAUGUCAACAUUAGAGUUGUGGAACUGUUGAAUCACUGUUCUAUUUUAAAAAAUUAUGGCUAGGCCAUUGUUUUUAUUCCUUGUGUUGUAUUUAACUAAUAUCUAAAUAACAUGCAUGUACAUUUUCAGAAUUGUUUGAAAGACCACACUGGAAGUUGAAUUACUGAGAGGAAAACUAUGUUUUGUACGCUAUAGGGUGAACUGAAAACCCUUUUGCACGACACUGUGUAUAAAACAAGCUAACCCUAAAACACUUAAAACACUUUGUUUCAUACCCAUAUGUAUAUAUGUCAUCAACAUAAAUAUGUUUUUGACUAAAUGCUUGUUCAAAUCAAAUCAACAUUUUGUCACCAUUCAUUGUAAUGCCAAUGCAAUGUCCACAAUAAAAAUGAGAUUGGUGUAAGAAUUUUA